AUGCACAGUGUGAACGCUCCUACAUUACAAACUAUUCGUAAAACAUUUGCUUCAGCUUCUAGUACUACUACUACCAACUCCUCCACCAUAACCAAGUCCAACUCAAAUUCCUCGAACGCUACCGAUACAAUCGAUACUACUGCUACUACAACAAGCGACAAUGUUGUUGCAAACGUCGACGCUGCUGAAACAGCGCCCUUUACAACAACACCACCAUCACCACCAACCCAUUCACCAUUCUUUAGCAAGCUACCAGUAUCGCCCUCCUUUGACGAGAUGUUCGCCACGUCACCGUUCAAGAGCCGAAUUUAUGACGAAUUCGAAAGAUUUUGGCGUAGCUUUGACCAUACCACAUAACUACAUAGCCAAGCAGCUAUCUACACACCUAUG